AUGUGUCUCGAAGUAAGCUUUAAUGACCACAAACCUUUUUUAUUUGCCACAUUUUUUAAAGGUCAGAAGAUAGACUUUCCUCUCUCUGAAAUUGGGAUACGCCAGUCUGAGGCUGCUGGGCGGUACCUCAAGGAUGUGAAGUUCACAAAUGUAUUUGAGAAAACUGCAGAGAUCAUUGUGAGGAACAACAGAACCUGUCAUGAUAUAGAAUUAGCUGCGGAUCCAUCACUUAAAGAAAGACGAAUAGCUACUGACCAUCAAGACAAAGUUCAAGAUGGUGAGAUUCCUAUGCCUGAAACAGUCAGGGCUGAUCUCCCAAAUGGCAGUGACUUAAACGUGCCUAUCCAUGCCCUGGUGGUUGGCCAUGGGGCUUAUAUGAGCACAGUAAUGCUGUAUUUUUGAGGACUAAAGUGCCACAAACCCCAUGGUUCAGACCCAGCUCAAAGGUUUUCCAUCUGCCCGAACACUGGAAUGUGUCGAUUUAUCAUUGUUUUGAAUUGUGGAGAUGCAGGUCUUAAACUUUCAGAUAUUAAAUGUGUGUUCAUCAACAGAAGAGAAGACAUCAAGUCUGAAUAA